CUUCUAUCCGAGAGGAAACAGUGGUUACUGUGGAGACCAUGUUCCUCUCGCCCGAGGUCUACGUCACUCUCACGCGCCGGAAGGCAAUUCAAUUGAGAAGUUAGAAAGGGGGAUAUGGCGGCGGGGAAGAAAAGCGUUCUCUCUUCCUUAGCCGUUUAUGCCGAAGAUUCUGAGCCCGAAUCCGAUAGCGAAGCCGGUGGAGUGGCCAGCGAGCGAGGAGCAGGGACGGAAGAAAAAGGAGGUCUGGUGUCAGAAGGCUACGGAGAGGAUGACUUCAGUAAAAUGGAGGGAGAGGAGGAUGGUUAUGAUGAAGAUGAUGAUGAAAAUAGUAGACAAUCGGAAGAUGACGAUUCAGAGACUGAAAAACCUGAGGCUGAUGACCUAAAGGACUUUUCAGAACUGGAGAAGAGAGAUCCCCAAGAACUAGUUGCCUCCUUUUCUGAGCGAGUACGAAACAUGUCACCUGAUGAGAUAAAAAUCCCUCCAGAACCCCCAGGCAGAUGUUCCAACCACUUACAGGACAAGAUACAAAAGCUUUAUGAGAGGAAGAUAAAAGAAGGUAUGGACAUGAACUAUAUCAUUCAAAGGAAGAAAGAGUUUCGCAAUCCUAGCAUCUAUGAGAAGCUAAUCCAGUUUUGUGCAAUUGAUGAACUUGGCACAAAUUACCCCAAGGACAUGUUUGAUCCUCAUGGGUGGUCUGAGGACUCUUAUUACGAGGCACUAGCAAAAGCACAGAAGAUUGAAAUGGACAAGCUGGAAAAGGCCAAGAAGGAGCGAACUAAGAUUGAGUUUGUAACAGGCACUAAGAAAGGGACAACAAAUGCUCCCUCUACAACCACCACAACAGCCAGCACAGCAGGUGGAGAUGCACAGAAGAGGAAAAGCAAGUGGGAUUCCGCCAUACCUGUGACAACAAUAGCUCAACCCACCAUUCUCACUACCACUGCAACACUCCCGGCUGUUGUAACCGUUACGACCAGUGCAAGUGGCUCCAAAACAACAGUGAUCUCUGCAGUUGGCACCAUAGUGAAAAAAGCAAAGCAGUGAAAAGUACAGGGAAAAGACUGACUGAAGCACCACCUUUGGAAGUAAAGGGGGAUAUUCUCCUUCUGGUGCAAAAAUAAGACAAUUUAAAAAUGGACACAAGAGGAGGAGCUGGCUGUGCAUAUUCAUAACAAGGAUCUAUGCGAGAAGUAGUUCUCUAUCUUCAUUGGCGGAGCUGUCCCUUACAGUAUCGUGUGCAAUGAAAUGUCAGUGUGUAAAUGUUAGUCCAUUAAAUGCACUGUAUUAUAAUUGUGGCUAUGUUAGCAUCUUUAAACUCUGUGAAAUGAAAACAUAAGCAAAGAGAAAACAGAAAUCAGUUGUAUCCUGAACCAAUCAAUGCUGAGCAAUUUUUACUUGCUCUUGCUUGUUAUCUCUUUGCCUCCAGGGAAUUGUAGGCAAAAAUGCCUUAUUCAGUUUCCCUGCAGACAAUUAUAAGAGAAUAAAGGGUCAGUUGUAUAUAGGCUCAGUUUAAUGUAAGACAUCAUAUAGUCUUAUGUGGGUUGUCCCUAUGUAACCCAGUUAGUUUCAGAGAUCUGGAGCUUGAAAGCCUGGACAUCUGAAACAAUGAAAAUCAACACUGAAAAUUAUGCCUAGCUUCUGAAAACCCUCCUGCAGAAUUUGGACUCUGCUGGGGAGAAGGAGCUUGUGAAACAGAAGAGAGCAGCAAAUAAAGUUUCUGUUGAUGAAACUUUGUGCCAGGGCUCUUUUACCACUUUAGUAUCAGCGUGCGUGAUAGUGACAUAGGUACUAAACUACAUAAUAGUAGUAAAGCUUCUGUUUUCACCAGUGUAAUAAUAGAGAUGCUGUCAAUUUGUAUAAGCUCUUACCUGUGUAAUUGAACACCUUGGAAUAUAAAAACAUUUUUUUAGAAACA